CUUGGCACUUUCCAGCGCCCGCCAAGGACCGCCGCAGGCCGAAUUGUCAAAUGAAGUAGAACUCGAAGCCGAGGGCACAUCAUCGUCAUCUAUCUCCUCAAACCCGGACUUCCCCAGACACAAUGCCUCUUAGCGCUGCUGCCUCCCUUUAUCGACGGUCCCUGAAACUUGCCCUGGAUUGGGCUGUUCACCGUCAGGUUUGGCGAGGACAGGCAGUCUACAUUCGUUCACUGUUCGACGCAAAUAAAGACGUUCGCGACCCUCGACAACAGAAGGUGCUGUUACAGGAAACCGAAAAACUACUUGAGACAUGGAAGCACCCCGACCCCUAUCGCGCGCCCACUGCCCCAGGAGGCAGUAAAUGGGAGAGAAACCUUCCUGCCCCCCAGUUGCCUCUCGCUUCCCAGCCUGCGGGCCACUGAUUGCCGUCCACGAAGUAUUUUAGCAUGUCUGUUACAAAACUAUAAUUUGAAUAGCACACUUGCAGCAAUACUGGUUAAUGCAGUAAACUAU